AUGACAACAGUUGAAACUCAUAUUAUUAUUCAAGCUCCAAUUGAGAAAGUAAGAUCAAUAUUUCGUGAUUAUAAAUCAUAUUCAAAAUGGAAUCCAUUUUUUGUAAGUUUCCAAAAAUAUACAAAUAAACAAGUACAAGAUUUAAAUCAAGGUGAUGAAUUACAAAUUGAUAUAAAAUUAAAAGGUAUGAAUCAUACAAGCACAAUUUAUCCUAAAAUUUUAAAAUCUGAAGAAAAUUUAAUAGAAUGGAAAGGGAUUAUGUUAAAUGAAUGGAUUUUUACAGGUAUUCAUAAAUUUGAAUUAAAACUGAUUGAUAAUAAUACAAGAACUGUUUUUAGUCAACUGGAACAAUUUAGUGGGUUAUUGGUAAUUAUCUUUAAAUUAUUUGGUUUAUAUAAUAAAACUCAAGAAUCUUUUAUUGAAUUUAAUGAAGCUUUAAAAGAUCAAGCUGAAAACAAUCAAGAUUGA